AUGGCACCCAUACACGAGCGCAUCAAGGACGACCUCAUUCUCAAAGAGCGCCAGCUCUGGACUGCUCUGACCUCGGCCGACCCGGCGCAUGCAGUCAACAAACUGUGCGGUCCAUCCGCCAACUUCGUCUUCCCCAAUCAAGACAUUGUUGCCCUAAGCCCGGAGGAGGAUGAACACGCCGAUAAGCAAAAUGAAAAGAAACUGGGACGAAUUCUUGCACCGCCCUUUCACCGCUUCGACGAUUUUUCAUUGACGGAGGUUCGACCGCUGGUUAUUGAUUUGAUGGCCGGGACCUUAACGUACCGCGUGAGUGCGUAUAGAGAUCAGACGGUUUAUAAUGCCACUGGCAGUACGACUUGGGCACAGGGAAGUGAUGGCGAGUGGAAGAUUGUCGUGCACCAGGAGACGUUGGUUUAA